UACAAGCCGAGCAGAGCACAACUGCACGAUGGCAACCACCCCACGCCUGCCGGUUGUGCUGCUGGUGUUGGCAGCGGCAGCACUGGCCGCACCGGCGAUGGCCGACUACGCACACCCCCCAUUGGAUCCUAACCAGGACCUUACGACCUGAUCAGCUUCAAUGUGGCCACAGACGACUACGGAGAACUCAUGUCGUACAUUUACACCCUUCUGAUACAAGACAGCAGCAACAAAAUGUGGGGCCCGGACAACACCGUCGUUUGGGUCUUGCACCAGCAGGCCGUCAACAGGAAGCCCUUCAAGUGGUUCAUCCUCGAGCUUGUCGGCGCCGGCGACAACAAAAUCAUGCUCGCGAUUCGCCGGGACAACCUCUACAUCACCGGCUUCACCGACGGUAGCGGCCUGUGGUACAUCUUCAGCAAUAGGCCGCGGGAGCUCAUCCCGGUGGCGACGGUCUUCCGGCUCGCCGACGACUACCCUGGUCUGGUCGGCGGGUCGAGGAAUCUGGCGGGGGUUCGCGUCAGCAAGCAGACCAUCCUUGAAGCCGUCGAACUCGUCGCCAGCUUCGUGCCCAGGGACUCCGCCGACGUCGGCUACGUCGGUCGAGCCCUGGCAAUCGCCCGUUCCAUGACGUCAUCCUGGAAGGUUGGGAGUCCGGCGCCGACGUCGGCGAGCUCCACGAGCUGGUCAUCAAGUGGAGGGUCGUGUCCUGUGCCCUCAUGAUAUCCGUGCAGGAGGGUGGAACGUGGAGCAGCAAUGAGGCAAAAGAUCUGCGUACUAGUACGCGCGUCUACACAUUGGAUAUCGCACUGAAGACCGUCGCGGUGGCCCUUUGGCCCUGGAGGGAGCUGUGUUCCGAAACCAUUACGUGGCUCCAGUGAGCCUCGUUGGGAUGUGCGUGCUAGUUAAACGUGUGUGUGCUUAACUAGACGUGGGAUGUUUUCUUUCCAAAAAAUGCAUCAGCCCCACGGUUAGCACAUGCUCAGUGGUAAUUAAUAAAGCUCAUCUUUAAUGAAUGAAAUUAGUAGACAAAACUAAUCUCUCUUGACUGAAAGUUUCUAACAAAACUAAUCACUGUUUGACUAAAAUGUGCUUACUGACCUAAGUACUAUUAGUAGAAACAAAUUUAAUAUGUUCCAAAACUACUUUCUGGUAUAAUUCAAUUAAAAAAUAACUAGUUUAGUAGGUUGUAAAAUUAACUUUGGUGGAUGACCAAAUUAAUGGCUAACAAAC